AUGGCCGACAAAACAGCUCCUCGAGUGCCGGCAUGGAAGCGUAUCGGCCUCAAGUUGAAAUAUGCUCAAGACAUUGAUCCUGCACAAACUUCGACAACAACGACAACGACCACUCCGAUAGCCAUUGCGACUCCUCCGAAGCCUGCAGUACGACAGCCCAAGAGAUCUCUAGAUGAUACGACGUCGGCCCCAGAAACUCCAGCGAAACGUGCCAAACCGACAUCUGAGCGACAAUCAUACGAUUUUGCAAAACCCAAGUCAUUCGUACCGCCAGAGCAACCUGCAUAUGUUCCUAAACGAUACGGUUUCGCAGGGAUCUCAGUCGAGCCUGCCGGGAAGAAGAUCACUUUCGGCGACGACGACACCGAUCUUCCUCUUGUGACCGAGCCCGAACCCAAGGAAAUACCGCCAGCCAAGGUAGCCCGGCCGUCCACCCUCAGAAAAUCUGUCUCCUUCACGCCCGACACAAAGCAGAAGGACGGAGAAACUGGUCAGCAGUACUUCAAAGCGUGGGCGUCUGGCCACGAUCCGACGGCCGUCGACCCUUCGACUACCCAGGUCUCUCCCUCGAAACCCGCAAAGGAGCCCAAGGAGAAGAAAGCGAAGAAGCCCAAGAAGUCCAAAUCGACCACCAUUUCCGAACCGAAGGCCUCAAAGACAUCCAAGGACGAAGACUCACCCAGUACAAAUUCGAAGGAAAUCCCAGUCUACGUCGAAUACCUGCAGCAAUACUUCACCGACCGCGCCAACUGGCGUUUCAAGAAGAACAACCAGAACGACCUCCUCAAAAACCUCUUCAACAUCUACCGCAUUCCCGAAGAACACAAUCCAGCUAUCGUCGCUUACUUGAACGGUCUCCAAGGCUCCGCCCGCGAACGAGUCGCGAUCCAAGCGGAAGACAUCCUCAAAGACAUUUACGAGGCAUCUUCUCCUCCGGCGGACGAAGCCAUGUCGCUCAACCACCCCGCCGCGAGGAAAGAAGCAUAUUACGGCGCUCUCCUGCGCCAAAUCCAAAAGUACGAAGAUGCCGGCGCCGGACGGUCCGAGUACAAUGACCAGCAGCUGCGCGAGAUUCGUGAGAAAACUAUCCAAGGCCGACGCGCAAGAGAAAUUUUGGAACACGGCCUAAUAGCGGAACUCCGCCCCGAAAUGCUGCAAACUCCACCCGCGACAGCUACGCCUGAAGCUCCCGCUGCGGUCGUGGCAGAGGCUUCAGCAAAGACCAAGCGCAAACGCAAGGCUCGCACGGAUGUCUCUUCAUCCUCAGACAGCUCCAGCAGCGACGACUCUUCCUCGUCGGACAGUGACAGUGAUAGCGACGCCGACAGCAAGCCCGCACCGCCGGCGAAGAAAGCGAAGAAGGGCGGGAUCUUUGACAACGACCUAUUGGACAUCGCGUUCGGGGACAGGUCCAGAGGUAAGAACUCGAUCGCGAGUCCCGCUGCAGUUUCGCAAGGGAAAGUGAAGGCGAAGACAUUGGCGAUGGCGAACGGGACGCGCGGAAAAGUUGAGAACGAUGAUGAUGACGAUUCAAGCAGUGAGGACAGUAGUAGUAGUGAGGAUAGCUCGGACAGCGAAUAG